AUGAUUGUGCGACUCCCAACCUCUACAGUUGUAGCAGAAGCAGAAGCUAUUCACAGUAAUACACCAGCUAUUCGCAAUGGAACGUUAACUUCACUUUCACAAACCAGCGUUUUAAGUGAGACAGAGCUGUACGAUAAUUCUUUUCAAAUUGUUGAGCAACGUCAUCGACGUAAACAAGUAGAUAGACACACUGAACAAUACUAUGAUGCAAGAAAUUCUCCUCGAUUCAGCUCACUUAAUUUAAAUCUUACACGAGAAGCUGAACGUUAUGCAUGCCAAUUUACAUUCCCACCGAUAAAAAAUUUUUAUACUGAUGAAAAUGUAACGUUUAAUUUAUUAUCAUUCUGGCGGCUAAGCAGUAAUAAGAAAAACCUCUAUUUAUUUGCGGAUGAUCGAGAUUCAUUUUCACGGCUAUUAGUAGAUCGUGCGUAUCCAAAAGAUAUUUGUGGACAAGCAUAUCAUGUCAAUUAUCCGAAACGUAUUCCUCCUCAGUUGUGUCUUCUUGCUAUAGGUGUUCCAACUUAUUUAACAGAAGAGGAAAUCAUAAUGGAUAUUAGAAGUCAGUAUUCUUCGGCUAGUGUAGUAUUAUUUGAUCCUCCGCAGUCUGUGAGAUCCAGAAAUGUCAAAAUUCAUUUUCGACUUAGUGAAGAAUAUUCUAAAUGUCUACAAAAUGGUUACAUCUAUAUUAAUCAUCAAAAAGUGACUAUCAAACGAUAUUUAGGUACACCACGUGUAAUGAUAUGUAAUAAAUGUCAUGGUUUUGGACACUUUAGGUCAAAAUGUGUAUCAAAAGUUGAAUAUUGUAGUAAAUCGUUUAAAUCAGAUUUUACCAUCUCAGUCGAAAAAUCAUUUAUUUUAUCGACACCUCAAAGAAAAUCUUCUGUAAACCAGCCUCCUCCAACUUCCUCACCACAGAGACCUUUACCAUUGAUGUCUUUGAAUCUGAAUAGUCGAUCGCAAUCGCGUACAUAUGCCGAUGCUGCUGGAAGAGUUGGUACAGUUCAGCCGGAUCCUCCUAUGCAAUAUAAUGUCAUUGAGCAUUUACAGUCGUAUCAACAACGUCUAUCAGCUAUUGAGACUCAUCAUUCAAAUCAAAUGCUACUGUUAGGUAAUCAAAUAAACAUGUUAAAUGCAAAAGCAGAUUUUAUAUCAACAAAAAUUGAUCAACUGUCUCAACUGGUCACACGUGUUAUUGUCCCUAGUAUUUUCACAUUAUCAAAUGUUUUUGUUAGAAUUAAUGAACAGUUUUUAAGUAAGACAGACAGAACAGAUAAACAAACAUCUUCUCUUUUAGGUUUUGAAGCAGAAGCCGAAAAAGUCAAAGAAAUGGAGAAAACACUAAAAGAAGCACUGAGACUAAGUGAAUCAAGUUUUUCUCACAGUACCUCAGCUUUCUCCAAAUUACUGUCAAAUUUUUCGCUUUCGGACACACCAUCUUCUAGUUUUUUAAAUACGUUUGAUACUGUUAAUGCAAAUCUUCAAUUAGAGCAAUCAUGUCUUUAA